AUGGCAGGGCUCAAAGCGACGGAGAUCCAACAUGUCAAUAACGUCAACUACAUCCGCUACGCCGAGUCGGCGCGCGUCAACUGGGUGACCAACUUCGCGGUCCAUGUUGACCCGGCGCACCGCAGGCAGUGGAGCGAGCUGAUGACGCCGCGCUCCGUCGGGCUGAUCAUGAAGAGCAUCAAGGCGGAUUACAAGUUUCCCAUGACCUACCCGGAUAAGGUCUCGGUCUACCAUAAGCUCCGCAACAGACCGUCGGGGGACCCCUCGCCGACGUCCAUGUUUCUCGACUGCAUGGUGCUGUCCCACCGCCACCAACGAGUGUCCGCGCGAACAGAGGAGGAUAUUGUCAUAUACGACUACAAGCUAGCGCAGAAGACCGAGAUGCCGUCUUUCAUGAAGGAUGUACUAGAAGAGACAUACAACAUGCAGGAGGAAGCGACCGUCCGGGCGAGGACAAGGAUAUGGGAGCUCAUUGGCUCGGUGGAGAAGCUGGAGAAGGAGACUUGGGAUAGAGCAGAUGCACAAGAAGACAUGGGAAGUGCAAUGAAGAGCAAAUGA